AUGUUCCGCCUCCUUAGUCGCCAGGGCCGGAGGCGUCCAAGCUGUCUAUUAGGUCAACGACGUCAUGAACACCACCGUGCCGUCAUGGCCAUCCGGCGUGAGGACAUCAACCCUUGGGAAAGGCGGGCUCCCCUUGCCCCUCGCCACGUCCGCGAGCUCACGCAGGAUGGCAUUAAAGUCCUGGUGCAGCCGUCCAACCGCAGGGCCAUCCAUGAGAAGUUCUACGCCAAAGCGGGCGCCAUCAUCCAGGAGGACAUUUCGGAAGCAUCGCUCAUCAUUGGCGUUAAGAGACCACCCGAGGAAAAAGUGAUCCCAAAGAAGACAUACGCUUUCUUCUCACACACAAUUAAGGCACAGGAGGCCAACAUGGGACUGCUGGACGACCUGCUCAAGAAGGAAGUUCGCCUGAUUGACUACGAGAAGAUGGUGGACGCUAAUGGCUAUCGUAUUGUGGCGUUCGGACAGUGGGCUGGUGUUGCAGGCAUGAUCAACAUUUUACAUGGUUUGGGUCUUCGCUUCCUGGCACUUGGACACCACACCCCUUUUAUGCACAUCGGCAUGGCGCACAACUACCGUAACGUAUCGCAGGCCAUCCAGGCCGUGCGGGAUUGCGGCUACGAGAUCUCCAUGGGCCUCAUGCCUAAGUCCAUCGGUCCAGUCACCUUCUGCUUCACUGGAACCGGCAAUGUCUCCAAGGGAGCACAGGACAUAAUCAACGAGCUUCCUGUGGAAUAUGUAGAGCCUCACGAGCUGAAGGAUGUGUGUGAAACUGGAGAUAUGACCAAAGUAUACGCCACCGUGCUCAGUCGUCACCAUCACCUGGUGAGGAAGAGUGACGGUAUUUACGACCCCAUGGAGUACGAGAACCACCCGGAACUCUACACAUCACACUUCAGAACCAGCGUGGCGCCUUACACCAACUGCCUGAUCAACGGUAUCUACUGGGACCCUCAGACCCCGAGACUCCUACGCCGCCUGGACGCCCAACGGCUGCUCAGACCUUCCAAGAGCAACAGCGCCACUAGCGAGGGCAUGCCGGAACUGCCUCACAAGCUGUUAGCCAUCUGCGACAUCUCGGCAGACACAGGCGGUUCCAUCCAGUUCAUGAAUGAGUGCACCACCAUCGACAAACCAUUCUGCAUGUAUGACGCAGAGCAGCACAUCGACCAUGACAGCGUGGAGGGCCACGGCAUCCUGAUGUGUUCCAUAGACAACCUUCCCGCUCAGUUGCCAAUCGAGGCCACCGAGUACUUUGGUGACCGCCUCUUUCCGUACAUCUGGGAGAUGCUGCCUUCAGAUGCAACUAGACCUCUUGAUCAAGAAGACUUCAGCCCACAAGUCCGAGACGCAGUGAUCACGUCCAAUGGAGCCUUGACGCCAAAGUUCGAGUACAUCGAGAAGCUUCGACAGCAACAGGAAAAGUCUCAGAUCCUGAAGAAAGGCGGCAUGAAGCGAGUUCUGGUGCUCGGUACCGGAUAUGUCUCCGGCCCUGUCGUAGAGUACCUGACCCGGUGCGACAAGACGCAGCUAACUGUGGCAUCUGUGAGCAUGAAGCAGGCACAGGAUCUGUCGAACAAAUACCCGAACACGAUCCCCGUCAUGCUGGACAUCUGCAGCCAGGAAGCACACCUCGUGUCCCUCAUACAAGACCAUGACCUUGUCAUCAGCCUACUUCCCUAUGGCCUUCACCCCCAGGUGGCCAAACACUGCAUUGACAAGAAGGUCAACAUGGUCACCGCCAGCUACCUUAGCCCUGCUAUGAAGGACCUGCAUGAUAGGGCAGUAGAGGCGGGCGUGACUCUCGUGAAUGAGAUGGGAUUGGAUCCCGGUAUUGAUCACAUGCUAGCCCUGGAGUGUAUUGAUCAGGCCAAAGCUGAUGGAUGCGCUGUGGAAUCAUACGUGUCGUACUGCGGCGGACUUCCUGCUCCCGAGUGUUCAGACAAUCCUCUGCGCUACAAGUUCAGCUGGAGUCCUUCUGGCGUUCUCCUUGCCUCCAUCAGCCCUGCCGUCUUCCUUCGCGACAAUCAGAUGGUUAGUAUUCCAGGAGGCGGUGGUCUGAUGGAUGCUGUCACGCCCAUGGAAUUCUUUCCUGGCUUCAACUUUGAAGGUUAUCCCAACCGCGACAGCACCAAAUACGCAGAACUCUAUGACAUACAGGACACGCACACGUUGCUCAGAGGAACGCUUCGAUACAAGGGUUUUUCCAGAGCCAUGCGUGGUUUUGUCAAAUUGGGUCUGAUCAACAGCGAGCCUUGUCCCAUCCUCCACAACGCAUCGUCACCUGUCACAUGGAAAGCUCUUCUGUGUCAUGUGAUGGAUUUGCCCGCCUCGACCUCCAGCGAUGUGUUUGAAGCCGCUGUGUUCGAACGCGUCGAUGGGGACGAAUGCAGCAUGGAUUCCCUCAGAUGGUUUGGUAUGCUAAGUGACGAUCCAAUUCCUCACGCCGACAGCAUUCUCACUGCACUCAGCAGACAUCUGGAAGCCAAACUCUCGUUCGGAAGCGGUGAGCGCGACAUGAUUGUGCUGCGUAGCGACUUUGGCCUCCGUCACCCGACAGGCGAACUGGAGAACAAAUGUGUCAGUUUGGUGGUGUACGGCGAAGAUGGACGAUUCUCUGCCAUGGCCAAGACUGUCGGAUACCCCGCCGCCAUUGCCGCACGCAUGCUCCUCGAUGGUGAGAUAUGUUCCAAGGGUGUCUUGCUACCCAUGAGUAAGGAGAUCUACGUGCCCGCAUUGAAGCGUCUCAAGGACGAAGGCCUGAACAUCACCACCACCAGCACCCUGGUCGAAUCUUCAUGA